UUGGCGAGCAAUUAGCAGCGCCCCGUAUAAAUUGUUGCAACCACGGGUGAUCUUCAAAAACCACCAAAUGGAGCAGUGCAUCGGCUGGAUUAUUGGCUUGCUUUGCAUUCUGCAAUCCCUGCAAGGGACACAGGGCAUGAACUACGAGGUACUAGGCGAUGACACGACCCUGAAUAUCAAGUGCAAUGCUGCAGAGGAUAGGGGCAAUACGCCGAUGCAACAGAUUAUCGACAUUAGCAAUUUGACAUUCAAUAUGGCCAAGGAUCUGGAGACCCUCUACUUCAAUGGCGAUAUCAGGGUGUUGAUGGACUUGCCCAACCGUCCGAUUGUCCUGCAGGUGGAUGUAUUCCGCUGGGAACGCAGCGAAUGGAUACCCACACCGCUGGCCCUGAAGAGGAACAACUUGUGCCACGCCUUGUUCGAUCCCUUGGAGCUGUGGCAUCUCGUCUUCAUGAAAGUCCCCAAGAAGGAGAAGGUUUGUCCGCCGACCAAGGGGCACGUUUACAGCCUGGUCAAUGUGAGCAACCAUGUGUUCCUGAGGAACUUGCCUCGCAUGGACGUCGCCGGAGAUGUGAAGGCCCUGGUCCACCUGACCUCGGGAGAUAUAAAGACCUGUGCGGCACUCUACUUCAAGAUCUACGCCACGAACCAUUGA